AUGUGUUUCACUGGGACUUCCGAGCGCAAGUGUAUAAAAUCACUUCUUUUGGGAUCAUCUUAUUUCCUAGAUACGGAUGGUGUGUCGGACGAUAUUCGGGCUAUUUCCCUCGCUCUGCAACAUCCAGACGUCGAGGUUCUCGCAUUCACCACAGUACACGGAUGCGUUUCGGUGGACCAAGCCACAGCCAAUGUUCGAAGGUGUCAGCGAGCGAAUGGCCUCACAGUACCUAUUCCGGUGUACAAAGGAGCACGGGAGCCGAUAAUAGGCGAGAAACCCUUAUGCAGCGAGAGCAUCUUCUUCGGUAAAGAUGGGAUUGGCGAUCAGCCUGAUGCAUUCCCAGAGGUGCUCGAAGAGGAUUUCGGAUCAGCAUCAGAGGAAUUCGCUGCGAUAGCGCUUAUCCGUCUCGCUAAGGAAUAUCCCACUGCCACAUUGGUCUGUCUAGGACCGCUCACUAAUGUGGCGAUCGCCCUGAAGAUUGAUCCAUAUCUCACUUUUGGACGAGUCGUAAUCAUGGGAGGAAACUACUAC